AUGAUUACUGCUCAGUCCUCUUUACUACUGCUGGCUUUUGCUCUCCUCAUGAUCCUCACAAUGAUGGAUUUCGUGCAUCCGUUUUCCUUGCUUCCAAUGAGGAGGAGGAGUCUGACGGUACGACGAGAACAUCAUGACGUUUUGACUCCUCUGUUUGCGGCAAACAAGAAAACCAAGACCAAGAAAAAGCGAAAUACUGGUGGUGGUGGAUUUGGAGGAGCUUCCAUGGAACCGUGUCCGUGCGGUUCCGGACUGACCUAUAGUGGUUGCUGUGGAAAGAUUCACAAGGAUGUCACUGCCUUCAAGGGAGCGACUGCUGGAGAAAUUGUGCGGGCGAGAUAUUCGGCGUAUGCAAAGAAACAGCCUGAAUUCUUGAUGGCAUCGACACAUCCACUACAUAAGGAUUUCAAUACUGACUUGAAACAAUGGAAGGAAACGAUCAAAACCAACAUGUACGAUAAUUUUGAUAUGAAGAGAUGCUUAGUGUCGAAUGAGGAGUAUUUUGAGGAUGAUCAAACUGCAAAUGUUACAUUUAUUGCCGAGCUGAUAUUGAGAGAGACUGGGGAAGUCACUGCUUUCAUGGAGACAUCCACCUUUGAACGAGCCAAGACUCAUGGGGCGUGGCUUUACAAGAAUGGAACAAUUGAAGAGCCCCCUCAGAGCCUUGUGGAUGGUCUGACUGGUGGAAAAUCAGAGAAGAAGGUUGAGGUAGGGGUAGAGGUCGAUACUGAGUAA